AUGCAUGAUAGACGGGAGGCUCGUGAGGAGACGGAAACGUGGGGUGAGAAGGGUAAAGAAGGAAUUAAAGCUCUGGCACCAACAAGAUGUCAAAAUGUAAACGCUCAAGAUGAAACGUCCAACAGAACCGCCGUUUGGAGGGAACACAAAUCCUCCAAGGCAUAUCUCUAUCGUUAG